AUGUCGUAUUGGUCUUUCUCUGUGAUCCGAUUCGGACAUCAUUUCUGGGAAGUCGUUAACGCCCAAGGGCGACGUCUCUGCAAGGCGGUCUACCACGUUGGCGGAGGCAGUCGUCGCUGCAUCGUCGAUGACGGCAAGUACCUCCCGGAUGUAAAGUGUCACCCUAUGGGGUCGUCGCUGCGCGAUCGAGACUACAGUACGGCGUGCACGAAGGUGGGCGUGCUGCUGUUGCCUCGACUUACCGCUACGCCCAUGAUCGCGAAGAUAUUUGGUGGGUGGAGACGUCGUCAUGCUGACAUGCGCAAGGCCUCUGUCUCUCUUGAAUCGCGCCGCGAGUGCGUCACUGUGCGACCUCUUGCCAUUGCUCUCGGUCGAGCAGGAAAUGAGGUGCAUCGCCCCGUCGAACACGUCACGUAG